UCAUCAUCUUCUUCAGAAAGCUGAAAAUCUCCAUUGUUUCCUCGAAGCAAAAAUGGCAGUCUGCUUGUCGUUAACGUCUUCACAUCCAUCUUUCUCUCUCUCCUCUGAGUUUUGCGCUAACGGGAAGAGAGAGAAACCAGAUUCUCUCUCGUGGUCUUCGUCCUUCCCGCAGCUGAAAAUCUCUACGUCUUUCUCCCCGUGCCGUCGAAACCCCUCGCUUAAACAGAAUGUUAUUGUUGCAGCUGCCUACACAAGGAGAUCACGGAGUGAAGCUGAAAAGAGACCUAGUCGGAAGUCAUGGAAACAGAAGACAGAUAUGUAUAUGAGACCAUUUUUACUGGACGUUUUCUUUUCAAAACGUUUUAUCCAUGCCAAAGUGGUACACCGACCAACCAGCAAGGUGAUAUCAGUGGCUACUACGAAUGCCAAGGACCUUAGGACUACACUGCCAUCGCUCAUUGACAACAACGCGGCCAAGGUUAUAGGCAGGCUGAUUGCUGAUCGAUCCAAGGAUGCUGAUGUAUUUGCAAUAUCAUAUGAGCCUAGGAAGAAUGAGAGGAUAGAAGGCAGGCUGGCAUUGGUUCUUGAUACCAUUGCAGAAAACGGUAUCAUAUUUGUAUAACAACAAUUUAUCUGCAACAAAUUUACAGAAUGGUAAUGCAACUAUUAUUAUGGGCUUAUGGCAACAAA